AUGUGGGAUACCAACAUCGACAUGGUACAAGGUGAUGGAUUAUUUGAAAACGGUUGCAUUGAAUAUCGAGCAGUGUGUGAAAGAUCGUUGGAAGCAGAAGAAUCUUCAACUCAAAAAUUAACUUUCGGUAUCGAACGAUUGUUGAGUAUGCCAGCAACUACACAACCUGAAAUAAAGCGUUGUGAACCUUUCUUGUCAGCCUCUCAUAAAGAAGAGGUACAAAUCCACAGUAACCAUCCAGUGCGAAAAUGUGAAUGUUGUGAAGAACACAAAGGCAAUGGGUUUUUGUCCAAUUUUUCAAAGUUCCUGAUUAGUGAACAAGAUAUGAGCAAAUCCAAAUAUGCUGACAGUGUAUGUGAAACCAAAACUCAUAAAUUCCGAAAAAGUGUAGACCAAUGUGGAGAAUCGGUGAAUUAUGUGACAUUUGGUGCAUACGAAAGCGAUAAGAGAUGUUCCAAAUUAAUAUGUAAACCACUGCCACUGCGAGUUGCCAGUGUACAUUUAGGACAAGGCGACAUCAUAUCUCAUCAAACAAUCGAAUCGUUCGCAUUUCCACAGACGACGACUACUUCUCAUUACGUGGAAUCUUGGCCUUGUGAUGCAUCAGGACCUCAUCGCAUUGAUAAAUAUAACGAAUGUUCGCUAUUUAAAACACAAACACUUCCUGGAGACGUACACAGCCAACGGUCGAGCAACAGUGUAGCUGGUGCCUUCAACAAGUCGGGGACUCAAUCGAUUAUUUCACGUCGCAAAAGAUCAUGGUCACGAGCAGUAUUUAGCAGUUUACAACGGAAAGGACUCGAAAAAACGUUUCAAGAACAAAAAUAUAUUACUAAACCUGAUAGAAAACGUCUUGCUGCUACACUUGGAUUGCAUGAUGCACAGGUAAAAGUUUGGUUUCAAAAUCGUCGUAUGAAGUGGCGACACAUGGUAAAGAAUACUUCGUUAUUUUCUAUGUCUCAAAAUAAAGAUGCAGGAAAAUCUCAAGCUCUUUCGCCACCCUACAUGAAUUCUGAAAUAGCAGAAAUGUUAGCGAUGGAUGGCAACGAAGAAACUGAAGACGAUGACGUAAUAAUUGAUUAG